AUGGCACCACCACCCACAGAACGUGAGCAAAGAGAAUUAACAGUCAAGGACCCUGAAUCUGCCAUAAUCACAAUAGACACCAUUUCUAAAACCCAACAAGUAUUGGAUGGUCAAACCUUAGUUGAAGUCUUUGAGCUGGGCUUCUUUAGUCCUAAUGCAUCUCAUGUAAGAUAUGUGGGUAUAUGGUACACAGGACUCCCCGUUGAAAAAGUUGUUUGGCUUGCAAACAGUGAUAACCCAUUGACGGAAACGUCUGGAGUUCUAGUGAUCGGAAGGGAUGGGAAUUUGGUGCUCAUCGAUGACAGAUUCAACACAGUUUGGUCCACAAAGCUAGCUUCUGCUGCAUCAAAUGGUACAAUUGCGGUACUUCGUGCUUCAGGUAAUCUUGUUCUUAUUGAAAACAAAUCAAACGGAAGUGUCUUAUGGGAAAGCUUCAGUCAUCCAUCAGAUACUUUGUUGCCGGGCAUGAAGCUGGGAUUGAACACUAAGACGGGAAAGUUUAUUUUUAACAUCAUGGAAGAAUGA